AGUUUGUUCCUUCUAAACAUGUUUGGAUUUCAAGUGUUCACCCUGCUGGUGCUGGUGCUGGUCCGGUCCGGACUGGCCCAGACCCAGAACCAGGACCUGACCCAGGUCCCGGACCCGGACCUGAACCAGAACCAGACCCAGACCCCGGACCCGGUCUGCUCCUGGGACCAGGCUCUGGCCCCGGGCCAGGGCCUGGCCCCGCGCUCCCUGGUCGCGGGGGCGCGCCUGCUGGACGAGGAGCGCGCGGUCCCGGACGCGGCGCGGUGCCGCGCGCUGUGCUGCGCGCUCCCGCGCUGCGACCUGGCCCUGCUGGGGCUCCCGGCGGACGGGGGCCCGCAGUGCCUGCUGGUGUCCUGCCCCGGGGACGCAUGCGCGCUGCAGCCCAGCGACCAGUUCCAGGCCUACCGCCGGGCGCGCGCCCAGCCCCGCGAGCACGCGCAGGGCGGAGGGAACGCGCCGCACGUCGUUCCCCUGAUGGGGGGCCCCGGGGGGGCCCGAGACUCCUGGGGGCCCCGGGGGCCGCGGGACAACGGAACCGAUCGUUGUCUCCUGCCGUCCCGGGUCGGUCCGUGCCGCGCCGCCUUCCCCCGGUUCUUCUACAACGUUAGCAGCAGCAGCUGCAGCAGCUUCACCUACGGAGGCUGCGACGCUAACGCUAACAACUUCCUGUCCAUGGACGAGUGUGAGGAGGCUUGUAGCGGAGUAACAGGUUCAGUUCUUCCAGAAGUUUCCAGUCCUGUAGCAGUCAAAGCUCCCCGGAUGGUUCCUGAAGGUCCUGCGGAUCCUGCAAACAUAAAACAGAUGGAGGCUGACGAGUUUGCAGAGCGCUGCGGGGCGGAGCCUCAGGUCGGUCCCUGCAGAGCUGCGUUCAGACGCUGGUACCACAACAAGGACUCAGGCAGCUGUCAAUCAUUCCUGUACGGAGGCUGCAAGGGAAACAGAAACAACUAUGACACUGAGGACGAAUGCAAGGAUACCUGCACAGGAGUCUCAGUCCUGCCUCCGUCUGAGAAAACCAGCCGUGGAGACGACACAGGUAUCUGCGGGCUGAAACCCGAGUCCGGUCCCUGCAGAGCCGCCUUCACCAAGUUCUACUACGACUCAGGCUCCGCCUCCUGCCGCCCCUUCCUGUACGGCGGUUGCCAGGGCAACGACAACAAGUUCAACUCUGAGGACGAGUGUAUGAACCGCUGCAGCGGAGACGGUUGGUACGACAGUCGAGCUAAAACCAUCAAGCGCUGGACUGCAGGCUCCUUCCUGUUCGUCACUCUGGCUGCCGUCUCUGCUCUGCUGCUAGCGACGCUAUUCGUGUUCACGCUGCGACGCCGCGGCGCGUAUCGACGUGCCUCCACCCACAGCGAUAAAGAGGAGCUGCUUCCAGAAGAUCAGUCCUCCAUGGACCUGGACCAGGACAGUCCUGGACCAGGACUGAAGGCCUGAUCCGGUCCAGGUCCUGGUCCUGUUUCUGGUCCAGGUCGAGGUCCAGGAACCAGAAGAAUGUGUUACUGUGCAGCAUGAAGGAGCUCCAGAUCUUCACUCUCCUGGUCCAGAUAUAUAAAUUAUUUCACUCGGCUACAGGAAGCAGCUGAUCUGUCACUGAUCACUGUCAUUGAUCACUGUCAUUGAUCACUGUCAUUGAUCCGUCACUGAAGGAACAGUCUGAUGCAACAGAAUCUGGGAUGAAACUCCAAAAGCUCAAUGUUCAUCCAAACCUUUUAUUGGUCGACUUAAGCAGUAAAAAAAACCAGGAACUUUGGGCUCAUGUCCCGUUUAUUUGUUGUAAAUUAGUGGUUCUGGUUCUGGUUGAUCAGUAAAAGUUGAAUAUUGAACCCAGACGAUUUAGAACCAGUAUAAACAUUAAAACAGCGAGUCCAGGACCUGCUAAGAACCAGAACCAGAUCCAAACUGUUGGAAAUACAGAGGUGGAGGAUCAGAACAUCGUAGUAAACGCAGGAAAAAUCAUUAAUUUUUCUGAUGGAAUGUGAAUAAAUCCAAUAAAAUAAAAGUUACAAUCAGGCAUUUUUGCGGCUGUGAGGGAUUCUGGUUCUGACUCGAACUGGAAGAUUCUGGAAAAACAGAUAGAUGAAGCUCAUGGAUCAAUAUUCAAACUCAUUGAUCGACUUUCAAACGCCAUAUUUACCACAGCGUAUCCCUCCACCCGGCACUCCAUGCAGGAAGUACUUCCUGCAGGAAUUAGUCCUUGCAGGAGGAAGUAGUCCCUGCAAGAAGUAGUCCCUGCAGGAAGUAGUCCCUGCAGGAAGUAGUCCCUGCAAGAAGUAGUCCCUGCAAGA